ACACCCUGAGUCCAAGCUAAGUCUCCAGUAUGACUUAACUCUGAUUUGUGUUACUCCACGACCUGCUGUUCUGCCUUUGCUUCCACCUUAGUUGGAGGCUGGCUUGACUUUGUACAGUCCAGUAAAGUCACUGGCUCAGUGGGGAAGACGCUGGACCGAAAGUAGCAGAUGUGGGUGGCCCCUUCCUUCUAGGACAGCUUCCUGCAAGACCUGCCAGGACACACUGUGCAAGCUCUUAAUCAUAUUUUUCUUUCUUUCUUUCAGCAGGAUUUGGACUCCAAGGAUCAAAAUUCACAAGGUGGCCGUCGCGUAGCCGGCAAUGUGCCAGUUUUCUUCUCAUGAACGGCAGAGCUGGGGAUGAAUUAACAGGAUGCAAGAACCUGCCCUGAUGCUUCUGCUGACGGUUGUUACUGAGGUGCCACAGCUGUUGGCCAACCCAACGGACUGCCGAGAGAAUGAGUACCUGGAUGAGCAUGGCCAGUGCCAGCCUUGCAAGGAGUGUGGCCCGGGACUGGAGCUUUCCAAGGAAUGUGGCUACGGCGAAGGGAGUCAGGCACAGUGCGUGCCAUGCCACCCAAGGAGGUUCAAGGCCCAGUGGGGUCACCACGGCUGCAAGCCCUGCCUCUGGUGCGCGCUCAUCAACCGGACCCAGAAGUCCAACUGCACCGCCACCACCGACGCAGCCUGCGGAGAGUGUCUCCCGGGUUUCUACAGUAAAACGCAGAUCAGAGGCCUCCAGGACCUAGAAUGCGUGCCCUGCACCAAGCAGACGCCCUCUUCUGAGCUGCAAUGCCGUUCUAAAAUGAGACUGGUGAAAGUGGAAAGCCCUCCGGCGCCCGCCACUGACCUGCCCCUCGGGGUGCUGACCAGCAGUGCCCUGGUCAUCCUGGCGUUGGUGCUGCUGACGGUCUCUGUCCUUUACUGCCAGCGCUUUUGGAAGGACCAUGGGCAGCGAGAUUACAACGAAGCUGUGCAGUAUACCCCGAAUGCUGAAGUUUCUGGGCUUCCUCUUCCUUGCCACCGACCCGACGUGGAAUUCUCCAACUUGAUCACACUUGGCUCCACCGCGCCCCUCGCUGGCAAUCUCACCGAGGCCCAGCCCCUGAUCAGAGACUCUGGGUGCAGUGACUGCUCAGCUGGAGGGUCUUCCUUGGCCGAGUCCAGGCAGGAUCCUGCGGGAGACCCUGGCAGCCCGGCUCCCCUCUCCUCCUGUGCCACGGAGAGGCAGCAUCGCUGGCCUCACACCCCUGUGGAAUGCACCGAACUGGAUCUGCAGACGUUCUCCACGCAGACGGAGUUCGUGGACACCGGCAGGAAUGGGUUUGCCCAGAGGCAGCUCAGAGGCGAGGAGGUGGUGGCCUCCGCGGGCCCUGCCUGCUCCGUCUUCUCCACAGGGCAAGAGAAACUCCCGCCGGCCUCUGCUCAGGAACCAUUUCUGUCUUUCCGAAACCCGGCUGUGGAAAGCGGGGAGCAGCUGGGCGAAGAUGUUCAGAGCCUUGUGGCCAAGAUUGGUGACGUUGUGCAAGAUCUCUCUAUAGCCAGCCUCCCAGAUUCUUUGGUGCUGUCUCUUGCUCUCCAGUUGGACCCAUCUUUGCCAGGGCUCAAGAAUUUCAUCCACUUGGGGAUGGAACUGGGUGUCCCGUCCCACCAGCUAAGCCAGAUGUCCAGCUUCACAGACCUCGUGGCUUACCUGUCUGAUUCAGGAAGGCCCCUCCCCACCGCCAUCUUGGCCAGAGCACUUCAAACGUGCCAGCGUUUUGACGCCUUGCUUUUGCUUUAUGAUCACUUCACUGGAAGUCCAAUCGAGAAUGUCCAAUCCUAGUCGGGCCUUGCCCACCGGAAACCCUGCGCCUGCUCAGCAGGGCCAGGCUUUCCUGCAGCCGGAGGUGUCAAGAGGGUUGAGCCGCGUGGUAGAACCAUGUUUGGCCACAGCGGUAACCCCACAUCUUGGAGUAAAAUCCCAGGCUGAGCAGGAAAAGUUUAUUUCUACAGGUGGAAGUGAAGACUGGUGGGUGGAAGAUGUACGUCGCCUGCCUUCUUGAGAGUAUUUCACCAACCCAUUACCUGGCUCUCCUUGAGCAUCCUUGGGAAAGGGGGCAAAGAUCUUGCAUGCACCAGCUUUCCAUUGUUUCCAAACAGCGGUUUGUGAUUUCUUGGCCAUUACCGAGUCAGCGCCCAAAAUCCGAAGCUGUUAUCAGCGGAUCUAGUAUUAGCUACGCUGAUUUCUCCUGUUGUUGUUUCUUCUUUCUUUUUUUGAGCAGCGAACUUUCUGCCUGCGUUCAGGACAUCCAUCUCCAUGGGGGGGAACCCUCAAUUCUUCAGUAAGUUUCAGAUCAGCUUUGUAAACCUGGAAGACACACGGGUUUGUCCGCAUGGAUCCUUCUCAUGGGCUAUGAUUUGUUUCCAGUGUGAUUGUGGAUACAAAGCCAUUUCUGCCUUCUGUCUCACACAUUGGCCAUUUGUAAAACAUCUGUUGCCUUCUUCAUUUGGAAGGUGACGUUCUGAAGCCCAAAACGUUCUCUAAACGUGGAGGCUGUUUACUACCAGCGUUCUGUGUCAUGUGGAGAGCACGCAGGUUCAACAGAGGCAUUGCUUCCCACUGAUCCACUUCCUUACUGACCCAGAAUGAAGAGGAGAGCAGAACGGCAUGUUCCAACCCUGUGUGUGUUUUUUCCUUGGCUAAUUUUAAGACACCUCACGGGGGGGGGCACUCUUUGAGCCCUUAAAGGGAAUUUUAUGGCUGCUAGACCUCUGGGAGAAGUUCUUGUUAUACCUUCAGUAUUUAUAACAGUUUUGUACAAGCCUGAUAUAUAAUUUGUUAAAAAAAAAACACUGUAUUUUGAGGGUUGAGACUUUUGUAAGGAAACACUGGUGGCCUUUUGCAGUGGCUCUAUGUUGUUGUUACUUGUAUUCCUUGGAGCUCCUUUCUAAGAUUAAAGCUACCUGGAGAACCUUCCUGUGGCAAACCUUCC